UUAUAAUAAUUUUUAUUGUUUGAUAGACUCGCCAAAAUGAAGACCAUCGCUCUCGCUCUUGUUGUUAUGCUGGUCGGCGUCAACGCCGUGCCCUCACAAUUCGAGACCACCGAAUUCAAGAACACCAGAAUUAUAGACGACCUCAUCCGCGGCGUGUUGGAGGCAGUGGUUGAAUUAGCCGCGGCGGCUGACCCUUUCGUCGUUGAAUCCGCUUCUGGUGAUUACACAUUCCCUGUUCCUGGAGUAUUCAGUGCCGUUGCGUCCGUUGAGAACUUCAGGGCUGCCGGAUUUGGUGACAUCGAAAUUGUUGAUGUAGCAUUCGGCGGUGGCAAACUUCGUGUGGAGCUCCGUUUCGCCGGUGUCGAAGCCUCUGUUGACAGUGCCUCUGCCGAAGUGAAAAUCUUCAACCGAAUUAUCACCGGUGCAAUCAGCGGAAGCUUGGCAGUCAGGGAUGUUCGCAUAGCUGUCGAGGCUCAGCUCGGCCUUACCGGAUACUUGGUCGACGACUUGGAACUCGACUUCAGCGUUGGUGGUUUAGAAUCCGACCUUAAAAUCCUCAUCAACGAGCGGGAUCUGUCUGACCCCAUCAACAACUGGAUGAACGUCACCCUGCCAGCAACCCUCGAGAAAUACUCAGUAUGUUAUUUUUAAAUUAUUCUACAGUCAC